AUGAAAGAUUUUACGUGUAACGUCUGUGGGAAGGUGAUGAAAAAAAAUCACCAUUUAAUGGCACAUCUCCGAAUUCAUACAGGGCACAGACCCUUUAAAUGUGACCUAUGCAGCCGAGCUUUCUACGGUAAAAACGACUUGAAACGUCACAUUCGAAUCCAUACAGGAGAAAAACCUUAUAAAUGUGAUGUUUGUGAAAAGGCUUUUACUAGUAAUUGUAAUUUGAAAACACAUUUGAAAAUACAUGACGAACACAAACCUUUCAUCUGUUCAUUAUGUGAUAAAACAUUUCGUGUAAAAUCUAAUCUUACUGCUCAUAUUCGAAUUCAUACUGGUGAAAAACCUUUCAGGUGUCAAAUAUGUCCAAAAGCGUUUAACAGUGGAACAGAUUUGGCUAUACAUUUCCGAACUCAUACUGGAGAGAAACCCUUUCCUUGUGAAGUUUGUGGAAAAUGUUUCCGAUCCAAAAGUAACUUAAAAGAACAUAUGAGGAGAGCCAAUGAUCAUGACAAACAUAUGAGAACACACACUGGAGAGAAACCUUAUAAAUGUGAUGUUUGUAAUAAAUCAUUUUCUCAAAUUUCUAACCUGAAAGUUCACUUAUUGAGACACACUGGAGAAAAGAAAUUUAAAUGUUCUGUAUGUGGUCGAGGAUUCUUAACAAAAUCAUGUUUUGAGCAACAUUUUAAAUUGCAUAGUGAGAGUCAAAUGAAUGAUUUUGAGUGUGAUAUUUGUCAGAAGAGUUUUGGAUCUAAACAAUAUUUAAAACAACAUAUUCUAACUAAACACGAGGGAAUAGAACCUUAUCAUUGUGAUAUCUGUAAUAAGUCUUUUAGAUCUAUGUUUUAUUAUGCUCAUAUGAAAAUACAUACUGGAGAAACCAAGUAUAAAUGUCAUGUAUGUAACAAAGGAACUGCAUCUAUUAGUGAUUUACGUAGACACAUUCGCUCUCACACAGGAGAAAGAGUCUGUACUUGUGAAAUAUGCGGAAAGAAUUUCAAAAGUAAAAGUAACCUAAACAGCCAUAGAAAGAGUCAUUUGGAUACAAGACCUGCUAAAUGUGAUGUUUGUGGAAAAUCAUUUAGAGAUAAUAGUGACUUAACAAUACAUAAGAGAAUUCAUACUGGAGAGAAACCUUAUCAGUGUUCAUUCUGUGAUGCUGCUUUUAGAUCCACUAGUGCUUUGAAUUCUCAUGCAAAAUCUCAUUUUAUAAAGAAGCGAAUUGAAAGAACAGAAUGUAACAUUUGUAAGAAGACUUUUUCAACUGUAUAUAAUUAUAACUCCCAUGUUAAAAAGAAACAUCAAGAUAUAAUAGAAGAUACUGGUACGGUUGUGCCUACAGAUAUACUAGAGACAGAAUAUUCCAGUGAAAUUGCUAUAUAUACCUCUUAUACUUAA